AGGGGGAGGGAGAGAGGGAGGGGGAGGGAGGGAGAGAGGGAGGGGGAGGGAGGGAGAGGGAGAGUGGGCGCAGAGUGAACUCGCUGCCUCCUCUGCUGCCCCCGCAGCCCUGCGCCGCACACCGCCCUGCCCGCUCCUCUCCGCCCCUCUCCACUCCCCGCUCAUUGUUGUGUCUGCCGGUGAGCAGCCCGAGAGCAGCGGAGCCCCCCGCACACAAGUGGCCUUGAAAUCGCCCGGGUGCUUCCCCCUGUUGUGUUUGUGGAUGUACAAAGAUGGAGACGGGCAUGGACAAGGAAUGCGGAGCCCUCGGCGGGCUCUUCCAGGCGGUCAUCAAUGACAUGAAGGGAUCAUACCCAAUUUGGGAGGACUUCAAUGCCAAGGCCGCCAAACUGCACUCCCAGCUCAGGACCACCGUACUGGCAGCAGCCGCCUUCUUGGAUGCAUUUCAGAAAGUGGCGGACAUGGCAACAAACACACGAGGAGCCACACGGGACAUCGGCUCGGCGCUGACCCGGAUGUGUAUGAGACAUCGCAGCAUCGAAGCCAAGCUCCGGCAUUUCACCAAUGCCCUGAUGGAGAGCCUGAUCAACCCCCUACAGGAGAGGAUUGAGGACUGGAAAAAGUCUGCCACCCAGCUGGACAAAGACCAUGCCAAAGAGUAUAAGCGAGCUCGACAUGAGAUAAAGAAGAAAUCAUCGGACACUCUCAAACUUCAGAAGAAAGCACGGAAAGAGCUCCUCGGUAAGGGUGACCUCAGGCCUCAGGUGGAGAACGCCGUGCAGGACGUAAAUGACAUGUAUCUGCUCCUGGAGGAGAUGGAGAAACAGGCAGUGCGGAAGGCUCUGAUCGAAGAGAGAGGCCGCUUUUGCACUUUCAUCACCUUUUUGCAACCCGUGGUGGAUGGGGAGAUUGCGAUGUUGGGGGAGAUCACACACCUCCAGGCAAUUGUUGACGAUCUCGUCGUCCAGACAGCGGAACCACACAAACUGCCUCCGGCCAGCGAGCAGGUGAUUAAGGACCUGAAGGGUUCUGACUACAGCUGGUCCUACCAGACUCCACCAUCUUCCCCCAGCAGCUCUGGCUCCCGGAAGUCCAGCAUGUGUAGCAGUGUAAACAGUACAAACAGCAGCACCUCCCGCUCCAGCGGUUCCCAGACUCACUCGCCAAGCUCAAACUACCGCUAUCGCAGUUUGGCUCAGCCUGCCAGUUCCAGUGCCCGGCUUUCCAGCAUCUCCUCGCAUGAUUCUGGCUUCAUGUCCCAGGACGCCAUGUACUCCAAGCCACCGUCACCCAUGCCAUCAGAUAUAACCAGUCAGAAGUCAUCAAGCUCGGCUUCCUCCGAGGCGUCCGAGACGUGUCAGUCGGUCAGCGAGUGUAGCUCACCCACUUCGGUUAGUUCUAGCUCCACAGCUGGAGCCUGGUCAGGUGGCGAAAAGGACUGGUCGAAGCCUGGUCCAUACGACCAGCCGGUAGUGAACACUCUACAGAGACGCAAGGAGCAGGCUGAACGGUACCGCGAAGCAGAGGCAGUCUCGGCUGCCAUAGUCUAUCCGGGGAUCAGCGUCGAGGAGGGACAGAGGCCUCGUGUGACAGCAGCGUCACUGGCUGCUAAGCACGGGGAGGAGAUAUCCACGGCAGCCAGUGACCUGGCCAUGGUGCUGACCCGUGGCCUGAGCCUGGAGCACCAGAAGAGCAGCCGGGACUCCCUGCAGUACUCCAGUGGUUACAGCACCCAAACCACCACCCCCUCUUGCUCCGAAGACACCAUCCCCUCCCAAGUUUCAGAUUACGACUGCUACUCCGUCAACGGCGACGUGGAGGCAGAUCACCAAAGCGAGUUUGACAGAUCGUCGACCAUCCCGCGGAACAGUGACAUCGCGCAGAGCUACCGGAGGAUGUUCCAGACUAAGCGCCCCGCCUCGACAGCUGGACUGCCCUCGGGGAUCGUGCAGAAUGCCUCGGCUACGCCCGGGGUGGCCACCAUCAGGCGCACCCCUUCCACCAAGCCCUCGGUGAGGCGCGCCCUGUCCAGUGCCGGCCCCAUCCCCAUCCGCCCGCCCAUCGUGCCGGUGAAGACGCCCACGGUGCCGGACGGCCAGCCUCCCGCGCGGGUGGGCAGCGAGGAGAGCGUGUUCUUCAAUGACGACACCUCACCCAACGCCCUUGAGUGCGCCAAGGCCUCGCCCAAGCGGCUGAGCCUGCCCAACGCCGCCUGGGGGGGCGGGGGCGCCGUGGAGAUCUCCGUCUACCCCGGGGGCCACAUGUCGAGCGAGGAGCAGCAGCAGCUCGCCGCCAACCGCCAUAGCCUGGUGGAGAAGAUCGGCGAGCUGGUGGCCAGCGCCCAGGCUCUGGGCGAAGGACAGUUCCCAUUCCCCUCCGUGCCUCCGGCGUCGGACGACAGCCUCGGCCUCCCGCUGCCCCCGGUGUCUCCCAGCGAGGCCCCCGAAGACAUGCUCACCGCCAUUCGCCGGGGGGUCAAGCUCAGGAGGACCGUCACCAACGACAGGUCCGCGCCCAGGAUCUUGUGAUAGUGACACCAUGCUUCAGAGCUGACUAGGUACUGACGGGAAAGGAGGCCGAACCAGGCCGCACGUGUCCUGAAACGAACCCUGUGUGAUAUGAGGAGAUUGAACCAAAAGACACUGAACUCUGACUUAACAAGGCUGGUUUCCAAUACAGUGCCAUGAACUACCUUAAACCAAGCAAGAACAACCUACUGGUGUGGUGGAACAGAAUAUUUUAAAUUAAGAUAUGGCAGAUUUUAAAUGCGUGUACUAUUGUUCGUUAAAAGAGGAAUUUAACAUUUUGUUCUUUACAGAUAUUCUAUCAGCCAUUUAACUGACUCACUGUGUGACUCUCUCAGCUUUUGCAGUAUCUGGUGCAAAACAAAAAUGUUCUCUAAUGUGCUGUGUGUAGCUUCAAACACUGUGGUGGUCUGCAGUCAUCCUCGAUGUGCAUCAGUCCUCAAUGUGCGGCCCCCCCCCCCGGCCCCCCACACAACCUGCCCCUUCCUCCGCCACGGUCACAAGGAAACGAGAGCAGGGAGGAGGAGGGGGAGAAGGUCAUAAAGGGGAGAGACGUUCUGCUGGUUCAGAGGAAGGGGUGCAGGGUGGUUUCUUUGGUGCAUUGUGCUUCCCUUGCAUUUGUUCACGUUGUAGGGGCUGCUUCAAGAUAAUUUGUGAAUAUUGGACUGCUCCCCAUCCUAACCAACCUUAAGCUAGAAGUCCUCUGUCUAGUCGGGUACUGAGUCCCAGCAUUCUUGUCUUAACUUCUGCAAUUGGAUUUUUCAACAUCUAAUUAUCCAAUCAAAUAGCUGACCUUGGCAAACGAAAGCCAACCUUUGCAGCCCUGGUGAAUGGUACAAGUGGAUUUUGGACUCUUCUAUGGUAGAUUUAUUUGGACACUUGCAGACUAAUGCAAUCUUUUCUCUUAAAAGUAGUAAUUUAGUGGUUUUCAAUUGAAAGGACACCUGUGGCUGGUCAGACGGGUUAUUCACUGUAAGUCUGUGGUGGGAGGUGGAUCUAACCGUUCAGUCAUUUAAUUGUCCUGUCAGUUAACCCUUCAGCUCACCCUUUAUUUGUAACAGACUUUUCAACUUGGGGAAGUAAAUGAUCGCUUGGGAGUGACAUCUACCAUUGACUUUCAUUGAUACAGACCUGACCAGUGAAAAUGGGCCACGUCCCCUGAAUUGAUAGAUAGAUGGAAGGUAGAAAUUCAAUGCACAAUUGGCCUUACACACUGAGGAGCGUUGGUGGAGAACAAUAUAGUCACUGAAAAUCUAAUGAAGUUUUAUUUGCCAAGAUAUUUACCCAGACACCUGCCAGAAUUUCUCAGAAGGAUUGAAAGCCUUUCAUCGGGUAAUCUUCCCCUUUUAGAUAGAGUGCUUUUAUUUUUUUGUCUUGGGGAAAUGGGCAAAAAAUAUUCUCCUCUUGAAAGGUGGGGAUUGUUGACACAGGGGGCAUUAAGUGCACAGGAGAUCAAAGCAGCUCAACCAGUGAGACCUGUUGUUGUGUGAGCCACCUCCUGCAUGAAAGACACGAUUCCUCCCAUAAAACCGCGCCCUCCGCUGCUUGAUCCAGACGCAUAUUCGCCCACUUCACCCAAAAGCUGCUAUUUUAUAUAGCAAAAAAUGUCCCAGGAUAAUGUCACAGAGUUGUACAGCACAGAAACAGGCCCUUUGGCCCACCACGUCCAUGCUGACCUUUUUGCCUGUCUGCACUAAUCCCAUUUACCAGCUUUAGGCCCGUUUCCCUCUACACCUGGCCUAUUUAAGUGUCUGUCCAAAAGCCUCUUACACGUAGUAAUUGUAUCUGAUCCGACCACCUCCUCUGGCAGCACGUUCCAGAUAUCAACCACUCUCUAAAACCUUCCCCUCAAAUCCCUUUUAAAACUCCCACCUCUCACCUUAAACCAACCUCUCUUGUUUUGAUACCCCUACCAUGGGAAAAAGGUUCUAUCUACCCUGUCUGGGCCUCGACCAAGUCACUCAGCCUCCUUCGCUCCAGGGAAAACGAGCCCAACCGAUCCAAUCUCUCCCCGUGACUAAAGUCCUCCAAUCCAGGCAACGUCCUGGUGAAUCUUCUCUGUGCUUUCUCCAGUGUAACCACAUCCCUUCUACAGUGUGGUAACCAGAACCGUGCACAGUACUCCAAAUGCAACCUAUCUAGUGGUUUGUAAAGUUGCUACAUGACGUGUUAACUCGUAUGUUCUGUGCCCCACCCUAUGAAGGCAAGCAUGUAAUUUUCCUUCUUCACCACUGUAUCCAGGGUGAUUACCAAGAGCUUUUAGCAAGCCAAAAAAUACUAUCGCCAAGCCACAUUCAGAGCUUUUAGGAUGGAAGAUGAAAUCUGUAGUCAAAGAGGCAGUUUUUAAGGAGCAUCUUAAAGAAGGAAGGGUGGCCGGGUUGCUUAGGGAAGGAAUUCCAGAGUUUAAGGUCUCAGUAGCCAGAGGUGGAAUAAUUAAAUGUGGGCAUGCUGACGACCAAAGCUGGCGAUGUACGGAUAGGGAUCACAAGAGGGAUUUUGGAAGGUGUGGAAAGAGGGAUGUGAGAAUUGUAAAAUCAAGGCAAUUACUUAAUCAGGGUCCAGGGAAGCUCAGUGAUCAAGGGGUGAAGGGAACUCAGUGCAAGUUGGGACACAAGGAGUUUUGGAUUGGCUCCUGCAGAAGGGAGAUCAGUUGGAAUCAGGGAGGGUUACAAAGGCUUCAAUGUGUGCUUUGACCUACCCAACUGAAUCCUCCCAGAAGAGAAGGAGGUGUCAGCUGUAGAUGGGCUGAGGCAAUGUAGAGUCAGAUGAUGCCAAGGAUGUGGAAAUAAUUGUUCAUAGUGGUGAUGUGGUCUCUGUCUCUCUCCCUCUCUCUCUCUGUGUCUCUGUCUCGGUCUCUAUCUGUCUCUCUCUCUCUGUCUCGGUCCCCCUCUCUCUCUCUCUUGCUAUGUAUGUCUCUGUUUCUGUCUCUGUCUCUCUCUCUGUCUCUCUCUCUCUCUCUCUCUAUCUCUCUCUCUCUCAGAAUCCUCACUCUCAUCCCAUGGAUUGUAACUACACAUGUGCACUGUUACUGGAAUCCUGUAACUGUCCCAUGAUGCCAAUUCCAGUACCCAGAUCACUAAAUGCAAGAGAGGAGAGCCUUGGUCAGAUUCAUGUAUUACUGGGGUUAGGAGAAGGACCAAGGGUUCAACUGCAACUGAUGUCCUUGUUUUGGGCAUUCCAAGGCAGUAACCAGCACAUACUGUUAGAUGUUACUGGAAUAAAGCAGAUCGGAGACGUGCACUUUUAUUUGGGCAGCAGACAGUUUUCAGUGUUUGAAAAUCAAAAACAAAAUGCAGUUGCUGGAAAUCUGAAAUAAAAGCAGAAGCUGGGAACAUUCGGCAGGUCAAAGACCUGAAACGUUGACUGUUUCUCUCUCUGCAGACGCUGCCUGACCCGCUGAGUGUUUCCAGCAAUUCUCUUUCCAGUUUACUUUCUACUCUUCAAACCAGACUAUUGAGAACCCCCUAGUUUCUGUUUGACCAGUGUGCUCUGGAGAGCUUGUCCUUUUCUUUCCUCUUGUGUGAGUAGACAUGGAUUACUUGGAUUUUCCAGGUGUGCGAAGGAACUGCUGGAGUUACCUAGUUAACACUGCACAGUUGACCGGUGUACAGCACAGUAAAAACUGAGCUCUUUGUCAACCCCACACUGCCUGUGGCUUUCACAGUUAUCUGGGACUGAAUCAAAGGGGCUGCCCACUUAUCAGGGGGGUGAGACAAGACCUGCAUCCCCCUCCCUUCCAUCAUUGUCGGAAAGGUGACAGCAAUUCUGCUCGUUGAACCAGUGAUUGUGAUGCUGCUGAAUUAGAAUUUCAUCCUUUUUAAUAGUUUUCAGUACAACUAAGUCUCUCACUUGGGCAUUUCAGAAGACAGAUAGCUGUAUUGCUUGUGGUUUUGGCUUUACGUAUAACCAUAGCCAGUAGGAUUUCCGUCACUAAAUCACAUUACUUCACUAUUUGGAUUGCUCGUCUAAUCCAUGAACACUUAAUGCUAUCUUUUAAAACUGGAUUCAAAAUCAAGAAAAACUGCUGUGGAAUUUGCACUGGCUUUCUCUGGAUUAUUAAUCCAGUUCUCCGCAUUGCUAGUCCGCCUCCAGAUAACCCAGUUGAUUGGUAACAGUUCAGACAUACAGGUUACCCGAUUGGUCAUGAAGCUUUACUCGGUUUCAGUCUCCCCUUGAAACGACCCGAGAGGCAGGAGAAGUUUGGUGAGGGAUCUCCCCAGGAAUGUCAAUCCUUCUUUUCACCUUUCAGCCACUGACUGAAUUUUCCCAAAUUUUCAGCUUAGAAAUCUGUCAUUCCUGACUUCCACUUGGACCUUUGGUAUUAUUGGCCACAAUUGCUUCAGUAACUCAAGGGUAGGAAAUGAUCAUUUCGGUAAGGUUGUCUUGCAUUGCAGAGCAAAAAAGCACCGUGCUUGCCCACGUCUUUUCUUGAGAAAGAUGACCUGGUAAUCUGUUUCAGUGAUGCUGGUUGAGGUAUAAGGUGUGGCAGGGCUAAUGCAAGAGUUUGCCAACGCUGUUUUGAAUUGCAGCAUAAGAAUCACAUUGGCCCAAGAUGGUACCUUUUGCAAUGUAGCACUUUAUAUUUCAUUGGAACACCAGUCCGGAUUAUGUGCUCAGAUCUUUGGAAAGGAAUUGGACUUACAGCCCCCUGACUCAAAAGCGUGAGAGCAACUCUUAAAGGACAAGGCUCACCUCAGUAGUAUUGGACAGUUAGGUCCCAAGGAGUGAGGAAUGUGCUGGUUAAUGCCAUUGUUGAACAGUGGGCAGACAGACACCCUCAAAACACAUUGUGAUGUGCAGCACAAUCAGAGCGAAGCUUAGAUUCUACAUCACCCUUAAAUGAUUGCUUAAUGGAAAUUGUUCAUAUUUAUUAGCUAGAUAUUUGAAAAAUAAUGUGCGUGAGAAAUUGUAUGAUUCAUUAGUCAUUGUAUAAUCCUUUAUCAUUUGCAGGGAAAAAGGUUUUUAAUAUUACAUUGAUGUUUCCAGAAAAUGAAAAUUGUGAUUUUUAAUAGCUUUUUAGAUUUUGUUUUGAACGUUUUGACAUCUGCCUGAAAGGCACUUUUUGUGCAAACAUUUCACGUUUUAUUCAUCUCAGCCAAAGCUGAAGCAGCACUGAGAAGGGGUGAGUGUACACCGGCAGGAUGCCUGCGCCAGUCCUGGAGUCUGCAGUCGAAUGGAGACGCAAGAGACUGCAGAUGCUGGGAACUGGAGCAAUGAAACGAACUCAGUGGGUCAGGCAGCGUCUGCAGAGUCCCCGAUGCAGGGUCUCGACCCAGAACGUCGACCAUCCCUCUGCCUCCACGGACGCUGCCUGACCCAGUGAGUUCCUCCAGCAGGUUGUGUCUCGCUGGUGUCAGCAGCGUUGGCCAGAUUCGGACACCGGCAGCCGUUUCAGCGCUUGGGAGUAUUCCCAUUCUGUCUGGCGUGCGGGCAAGCACCAAGAGACCAUUGUAUGGGCAGGAAUGAGUGUGGCCAUGUUGACCUCUUGCUGACCUUUCCUUUGCCAUGCCAACGUUCUGCCCCAUGCUCAAAAAGGGGGUGAGCUGUUAGAGGGCUGUUGCUCCACUGUGAGCCCAUCCCGAGAAGAGUUGACAAAUGCAAUGGACCCCGUUGAGAUGCACGUGCUUAACCCACCCUUACGUUUGCAUCCAUGUAAGUGACCAGCUCAGCCUUCAGCGAUGAUCAUUUAUUUUUAAUCCAGCAGGGUGAGAAAAUAAUUCAGUGGAAGAGAAAUGAACCUAACUAGAGGCAGACACUGAUGCUGUGACUUUGCCUGACCUUUGUGACAAGGGUCACUGCGAUGGUUCAGGGUCGUGUGAUGCUGGGCCCUGUUUUAAAACUUGCCUCGUGGCAUCAGAUCUAAUAAGUUCACUUUAAGCAACGUUUUAUAUUGUUACAGUUGUGCAAUAAUUUAAUAAAUACAUCAGGAUGCAAAUCCCUUGCGAGUUUCGGCUUAAAAGAAAUGUUGGGGACAAAGUAGUGGUCGAGUUGUUGAGUAUUCCUCUCCAGUGGGAUUUCUCCCCAGUUUUCCGACAUUUGAGUUCCCAAAGAUGGGGCGCGGGGUAUGGGAUGGUGGGCUACAUCGCUGGGAAGGGCAGUUUGGGGUGGAGGGAAUUGUAGGGAAGGGGACACGGAGGAGGGCAAGGUUUGGAGUGCUGGGGUACCAGGAGAGAGCAGGGUUUGGGAUGCUGAGGCAGACUUCGGUGUGGAUGCCAGGGAACUGACUUAGUUAUGAAGAUGUUCAUUCUGCUGGUGAUGCUUGUUAUCUGGGAGAUGCAUACCUUUGGAGAAGGUACUGAGGGCAGUGUGUGAUUCACCACCCACCCGCUGGUGUAGAGCAGAUAGUACAUAUUUUUUAUGAGGUUUUCCAAAAUAAUUCCUGUAUAAUUGCAUCCACCCGUAAAACAUAUUUCGUUUCAGUUCUUAUUUCCUUUCUGCUUCAUCUGAUUGUGAAUGAAUCCAGCCUCCUGAGCCAGCUGGUUAGGGGGAGAGUGGGAGGAGGGUUGGAGGUAGAGUUGGCAGUGUGAAUGAGUGUAGGGGCGUUACCAGUGGUUGGAUAGAAAGAGCAGGCCUAGCCGGAAAAGGCGAACAGCUGGUUAUCAUUGGAGACAGGGAAGGACAUGAGGUAUUCCAUCAUUUAAUCGGAAACGUUUAUGACCGUUAAACAAAGUGACAGUGAUGGUUAAGCACUACAACUUGCAUUUAAUGGGGCCCCUCGAAAGGCAAGCAUCAAUUUUUGUUGCUGAAAUGAGCCAAGUUUUGUGUUAUUAUGUGAGAUUCUAGGACUGUUGGCUGUAUUGCAAAUCGACAAUUAUAUUAUGGCUCAUGCUUUAUUAGUGACCAAGUAAGCCAGCAUUUUUGUUUGUUGGACAGAGUUCUGUGUUUGCAAGUACUGUGUUGAGGCCAGGAACUGUUGCUCGGGCAGUUCCACUCCCUGCCAGCAGUUGGCGACGUGCUGCAGCUCUCCUGCAAGGGCAGAUCAGAAUUGAAGGGUUUAAACCUUCCUACAAUGAGGGUGCAUCCUACAGUGACAGGGCCAAUCAGCCUGGUUAGGAUUAAGGUUAGGAGUUAGGGUGUCUGUUUGCAGACAUCAGGGCGAUUGCCCCUCUUGUAUUUGCCCUUCUCAUCACCUGGGAAUACCAGCCUCACUGCCAAAUACCACGUCUUCAUUGCCUUUGUCCUUGAUGUUCCCAGAUUUGCCUUGACGUUCCCAGACUGCAGUUAUACUGGAGAGUUCAGGCUAAGUUCAGACAGGUUAGGGUUAGGCAAUAGGGAAAGAGGAAAGAAAUGCCAAAUGUGUCCUUUUAUUCAUUUCAAAUGGGCAGAGCAGGGGUUAGGGGUGCGGUGUGUUAAGUUCAGCCAAAUUCCCAGUCUGUUGGGACACUGCUGCUGAGAUACAUGUGGACGAGCCUUGACCUCUGACACCACCGUAGGCUGCGAUGUGUCCGUGGUCACUCAGGCCCUCAGAGGGAGAACGGCCACUUGCCAUGAAGUACUGGGCAAAGACACCAGAGCCUGUAAUAGCAGAACACUCACACAGUCACCAGCACCUGAGUGUGAAGAGGGGAUGAUUUAACAAUAAAUACUGCCAGGUGGGUCGACCCUUUGGGUGAGGCGUGACUGGAGAGCUGCACGGUACCUCAGGGCUGCUGAGUUCGGAUUUCACCCGCGUUUGAGCAGAUAAAGAUCUGUUACUGUCACAAGGGGGUUAAAACAAAACUACUGCCUGAAAAUCCGACCACUGCAGUUCUCUCCCUGAACAUCCUAUGUGUGGCUUGGCGUCAGUGUUUGUCUUUGGUGCUAUAGAAGUGCAAAAUAUUGUCAAGGAAAUAUGGGUUGCUGGUGGUGACGUUAGGUUGGUCUAACUUCAACUGAGAAUGGCAGAUCCCAGAGAGAAGAUAUUUCUCAUAUUAGUGCAUGCCCUGGAUUGUUUCAGGUUUAUCCUGAUUAAUCUCCACCUUGUGUUUAUUUUUUUAAUCUGCAGGGCCCGGAGGUUUUCUGCUCUUGCAUUAAACAGCCUUUUUGUUUUAAGAUUGCCACUUGCCAGAAGUAUUUCUCGAGGGGGUCAGGGGUCCAGAGGGCGGUGCUGUGGUUUGCAGAACUUCCUGGGAAGGAACCUCCCCGGCGAUGGUAAAGGGCAGGGAAAGCCAGGCUUUCCCCCGGCUCGCUCAGCCAAGCAGCGGCCAGCAGGACGGUCACAGUGGCCGGCACGGUCAGGGACCAGGCGCACGCCGCAAAGAGUGGCAAGCCUCCAUUCCCACCGCACGUUCCCAAGCCCCCGGCUGACCCCCUUGUCCCACCCUCGCCGUACAAAGAGCAGGGCCGCCAUCACCUCACCAAAAAUAUUCGAAGAGCAGGGAGAGGAUCUCUGCCAUGGUAGCAGCCAUUCACAUUCUUCCCCACCCCACCCUCCUCAUUUUUUUUGUACAAUAAAAAAAAUUAAACACUGAAGUGAAGUAAUGUUACUGUUGCUGUUGGUAACCGUCAUUUAAUUUAUUUUCGGUGCCCCCCCCCUUUCCACCCCAUUUUGUAAUAUUAUAAUCAUGUAAAUUUGUUUACUCUCACCGCCUGAAGCCUCAAUCGCACUGUGAUGUUCCCAGUAUUAAUAAAGCUGUACUGUACAAACCUAUCAGCCUAAGUUUCUUCUCCCCCCUUCUGUCUCCUUCCCAAUUUUCUCCCCACCCAACUUCCCUUUCAAGAGGAGCACAAACGCCCCAUUUUCCUGUGGUGUGCAAGGUGCUUGGCAAGGACAAUCCUGAGUGCGAGCUCUUGAAUCCCGAGUGUGGGUGCUCCUGAGCAUCGAUAGGAUUCCUACACCCAGCAGACUAAAUAAACCUUGAGUGCCGUGUCCGCGGCGGGUAGACCGGUGUUUGCGCUGGCUCUUACUGAGGUAUUUCCCUCAGCACUGACAGUAACCAGCAGAGAAUGUAAGGGCUACAGAUGCUGGGAUCUGGAUGAUAAAACCACACUGAUACCAGAGGAACUCAACAGGCCGGGCAGCAUCCGUGGAGAAAAGCAAGGCGGUCAACAUUUCUGGUCAGGACCCUUCUUCAGGACCGAAGAUAGGAAAAGCGGGAAGCCCAAUAUAUAGGGGGGAAAAGCAGAGCAGUGAUAGGUGGACAAAAGAGGGGAGGCAGGGUAGUGAUAGAUGCUGGUAAGAGAUAGUGAUAGGUAUGAGGGAGGAGGAGAGAGCAGAUCCACUGGGGGAUGGGUCAAAGGUAAGGAGAGAGAGGGAAGAAAA